UAUGAUGAAAGUACUAUGAAGAACUGUGAUGCAGGUCAUGAAAUCAAUAACAUUUUUGUUCUUUCAGCUCCCCAAAUGGCAGUGAAUGUUUUUUCUACAAGUGCAACAGUUGAGAACCUGAGCCGCCAUGACAUGCUGGCUUGGGUCAACGACUGCUUGCAGUCCUCUUUCACAAAGGUGGAAGAACUUUGUACUGGAGCUGCAUAUUGCCAGUUUAUGGACAUGUUGUUUCCAGGAACCAUUCCCAUGAAGAGAAUAAAGUUUAAUACAAAUUUGGAGCAUGAAUACAUCAAUAACUUCAAGGCACUCCAAGCAGCCUUCAAGAAAGUCAAUGUAGACAAGAUUGUGCCUGUGGAUAAAUUGAUAAAGGGCAAGUUUCAGGACAAUUUUGAAUUUCUUCAGUGGUUUAAGAAAUUCUUUGAUGCUAAUUAUGAUGGAAGUGAAUAUGAUGCAGUAAUGGCAAGAGGAGGAGACAUUUUAGGCAAGAGUAGUGCCUCAGCGCCUCGUAAAGCUGCAGCUUCCAUUGGUGGACCAAGGUCAAUGGGGCGGCCAGCUGGAGGUAUGCGGCAAGCAGCCCCAACACGCAUUGCAGCCCGACCAGCUGCCAAUAGAUCACCAGGAAUGAAUAAUGCACAGGUGGAAGAACUGUCAGCUCAGUUGAUGGACAUGAGAUUGACAGUGACUGGGUUGGAGAAGGAGCGUGACUUCUACUUUGGAAAGCUGCGAGACAUCGAGGUACUAUGUCAAGACGAAGGGGAGCAGGCGCCGCCAAUCAUCCAGAAGAUCUUGGACAUCCUGUAUGCUACUGAGGACAAUUGUGCAGAGAAUCCAGACAGCUUUACUGAGAAUGAGAAUCUACGUUCCCAAAUACAGGAUGGCUUUGCUGCCCCAGAGGAUGUUGAGGAUGUUCCUCCCCCCCCAGAGGAGGAAGAGUACUAAGGGACCAAUCACCAACGCCCAUCACAACACAAUGUGGGUCCAAUGCGGGCACUGCAGUCUAGGUGUUGUUGUUCCAUAAAUCACUGCUUGAGGGCUUGUUAAGUGCGGGUCCUUGGUGUGGAGGCAUAUCUACCUUGUCUUUUUUAUUAUUUCUUUUUUAUGAUGAUGAAUCAGCUGGAACUAGACUCAAGUAGUCGAGGAAAUUAUUUUCAAGAGACUCGCAAACAAUUUCGAAAAAAAAAAUAAAAAACACAAAACGAAUAGAUGUAAAAGGAUUUUAAAAAAUGAUACAAGUCCUCCUUCUAAGUCACCUUCUUUGAAAAAAUUAAUUAUAAACUAACUCAUAGCCAGUUCCUUGCUGACAUUUCCGACUAUUUUUUACUCGCAAUUCAAGGAGAUAUGAUUGGUAUUAUGUAAGGACAAUAAUUCACAAAUGCCUAGGACUUCUUUGCCUUACAAUCCUGCUGUUUUGCACGGCACAUCAUAUCCUGUCAUCCUGUUUGUAAUUCUUGUAAUGUCUUCAUUGCUUACUCAUAUUGUUAUUAUGUGCAAAAUAAAUUAUUUGCAACAAUCCCAAAAUGUUUUAGGUUUUUAUCCUACAAUUAGAAAGCUAAUUCCAUUGGAUCAGGAUGCUGAAAGGAUUGAAUGAUUGGUGGAAAUUAGAGCCAACUUGUUUUUAACUUGUAUAGAGCCUAAAGAUAUGGUACCAAAUGCAUUCUCAUGUCCAAUUAGUUUCCCCUUUGUCUGUGUCACAGUAUUUUGUAAGAUUUUUUUUCUUUACCUCGAAACAGCAUCCCUCUUGUGUAGGGUGACUGAUACAGCAUUACCAAAGUCUCAGUCAGUACUUAAGAUUAGAUCCACAGCAACACCUGUAACUUGACUUUCUUGUAUUGUGUGCCAAGUAGGUUUCCAUCCUUUUGCAGUUGUGUAAACAUUUAGCUUUUCUUUGCAGAAAGUUAGGUUUUCACUUUUUUUUUAAUAGGGAUAUACUAACAACUAUGUUCUUUAAAGCUGUAAUGUGUGGCAUAUUGUAAUUGCUUUUAUUAUUGUAAUUAUUUGUAUGAGAAUGCCAUAAUCAAAUGAGCUGGGUUAUUCCAUGUGGCUGGCUAUAAAUUGGUUUCACUGGAUGAUGCUGAACUUGAAAAAUCAUGAUAAUUUUUUGAAAAUCUAAUUAAUUUACAUGGUUAAUGUAAAAUGAAUUCUCAACAUUGUCUGUUUAUCAGUAAUCAAGUGGAUGGGCUGCAGGUUGCAUGAAGCUUGAGUGGAGACUUCAGAAGGGAAAAUCUGGCUCCAGUGACUCAAAAAAGUGUCACAAAUAGAUAAUGUAUAGAGACACAGGAGUUGAAACAGCACAAGGAUCACAAGAUACUGAUUUAAAAGUCAAAAGGUGUCACCCUUUGCAAGCAGGGAUAUUGAGUUGCGCUAGAGUUUGUGUAUGGAAGCAAAAGGACUUUGGGGUAUCCUUUUUUUUCAAUUUUAAUAAGUGGACUUUACUUGUUUGGUAUCUUCUUGCAAUGCAAAAUUAAACUCAAUGCAUACAUUGAUAAUUUGCACAUUCAAAAGUAUAGAAAUGUAACUCAAAUGGGCCAAUCUUACUGUGCUAACUGUGUAUCCCUAUAUUAUUCUUGAUAGCUAGGAAAGUGCACAUAGUUUUUAUUUCACAUUUCUUGUUCUUUUAUGGCUUACCUUAUAUUGGUAUUGUCUACACAUUUACAGUGAUGACGUAUGUUUCUCAUGCUCAAAGUAUGUGUUAGAGAAAGUAACCAUAAGUUUUCUCAAAUGCGACUUUUAAUUGAUAUUUAAGUUUUCUUUAGAGAAACCAUGGUUAUUAGUUUUCAUGUGUUGGAAUUUCUGAUGAGAUAUGAAGAUUUAAGUGUCUAGAUGUGUGUUUUUAAGUAAGACUGCUUUUGUAUAUGUAUGUGUUUUCUCUUUAUCUGUACAUGUACAUGGAAAAAGUAAGAUAUUUUUCUGUCAUUUCUUUUAUUCCCUGUUUAAAUAAAGAUCCCCGUUGUCCUGUUCCAAUUAACAUGCUGAAAUGAUCUGAUAUGUUAGGACAACUUAAUUCUUAAUGGGAAAGAGAAAAUAUAGAUAUUUACUAAAAGGAAUUAAGGAUAUUGCAAACACUCGUUUGUGAAUGGGUGUGUGAGUAUUUGCAUAUGAUUGUUCAAGGCAUGUGCCCUAAGAAUGAAUGGAUUUCUGAAUGAGUUUCUUUGACACAUGUCUGUGUCCUACACACAUAUAAGCAUAUUUAAUGUUUAUUUUAUUGUAUUUGCUUUCCAUAUUUCAAGACUGAAAUUUCUUGUAGAUGGCUGCAAUAUAUACUGUAUGCUCUCAAAUAUGUAGUUUGUAAGGAUGAAGUUCUAUGCACAGAGCAGGGAAGAUCCCUUUAGUUUUCUAACAUGGAAGAAUAUUUUACUUAUUACAUCUCACACACAUGACAUCAUCAAUAUUAUCCAGAUACAAUAGUUUACUACUAAUGAUACUGACACUUCAAAUGUUCACAGAUUUUUCACAUCCCUGCUAAUGGCUGUUACACUCUGCUGUACUUGGAAGUUUUGCUGGUCGACUACUUAAUUAUUAUCAUUGCGUAAGGGAAGUACACAAGAUGGUACCAUGCUAACCCUUUAAAUAAACUCUUCGACUGACAUUUUUCUCACCGUAAAGAGUUAAGGAGGCUUUCAGUACUUAAAGAGGUUGAAUGAAGUAUGAGAGUGAAAGUGAUGUACUGAGCUCCGAUAUUGUCUAGGGUUAAUGUGUUUCUCUUGAGAGUGAAAUAUGGUUAGGGCAAUAAUUUUGGACUCUAGGGAUAAAUGCUCUUCUAACCUACUAACAAGUCCAUGACUUAAAGCCUGCAAUGCUUCUUGAUUGAUGCAUUUUUCUGUAGUUAUGAACCACGUGCUUGUGUUCCUUUUCCAUGGUCAGGUAUACUUCUAUACAUCAGUUGAUAAUGUUCCAUCUAAUUUGGUUCUGAUUUUGAUUGUUAUGUAUUAAGUAUAUUUUGUAAGCCUGCCAUGCAUUCCAUGACUUUUUAUUCUUUUAUACGAAAUAUAAUAUGCUGAUGCUCGUGUGUGAACCACCGUGAUAUGCACAUUUGACUUGCAAAAAUGUUACAUGACAGUCUGCAUUAGAUAAUACAGAGGAUAAGAAGCUUUUCUAUAACACGCAAUACCUGCAGCCCACCAAAGGUACAAUAUGCUAGAUUUGUAAGCUACAUGAAGUUUGAUGUGUCAAGCAGCAGUUCUUGAAAAUGCAGAGAGCAUCAUAUUGAAUCCCUAUGUAUCGUAUAAGAAAUAAGUAAAUAUGUAUAUACAUUAUAUAUAUGUACAUAUAUGCAUAUACCUUAUUUGUGUAUGUCUGUAUGUAUAUGUAUGUGUCUAUAUAUGUACAUAUGCACAGAGCUAGGAAGUACUGCCAGUACUUUUAGAUUCAAGAAUUUAUCCACUAAUAAAAUGUAUCAGUUACUACAUCUGCACGUAAAGUGGUUCAAAUUAGCUUUCUCAAAAAUUAUAGCAAAAUCAUGGCUAUCACAAAAAGAAAAUACUGGCAGUAAUCUUGAUUUCCUUGACAAGUACAGCUAUAGACAUCAAACAAUAGUAUUGGACCAGUUUCCCUGAUGGUUACAGUAAUUGGUACUUUUAGUAUAUGAUUUGCAAAAAGAUGUUUUUAAAAUCUAGAAAUACUGGCAGUACUCUCCAACUCUGCUUAUGUAUACAGUAUAUUCAUAUAUACACAUAUAUAAACAUAUGUAUCAUAGGUAUGUAUAUGUAUAUUUGUAUACACAUAUAGAGCUCAUUAUGCCUGUAUACUAAAGAAUUGCAUGUGACAAGAUUUAUUCUUGUGGUAAAAAAAAGCCUGCUUCUAUCUAUUUACUGCCUGUAGCAUUUUCAUGAAUAUAUCUUUUGUUACAUUGUUAUAAUUUCAUUAUCAGUAUGAUUAUUAUGAUAAUUAUGAUUACACUGUUGAUAAUAACUAUUAUGAAUCUGUACUUUCCAUUUUAGUGAAUUUUGGUGAUGAUAAACCAGAGAUGAUCAAUACGAAUAUAAGAAGAGUUAGAAGGUCGAUCGAAAACCGCAAGAUCUUGGGUGCUUGGUGGGGGGUGAUUGUGCCUUCCCUCCGCUUGUAGACGGAUAUCAGAUAUUUAUGUGUGGAAAUAGUCCUAUAUCUCAGGAGUACAGUGUUUCAAUGUAUUCAUGGAGAAGAUUAUGAAUAACAAAUGCCAGGAUGUGUUCAGUAUGAAAUAGACAAGCUGAUGAUUUUAUUAUCAUCACUAUUAUCUUUUUUAUUGUCAUUAUACUAACAUUAUCAUCGUGGGCGUCGUGUUUUGAAUAUAAUUAUAUUUUACUAGAACCAAUAUUAUUUGUGUUUUUAAUUCUUAUUGACUAAUUAUCAACAUUUGAUUAUUAUUUAUUUAUCAUUUUUAACUGUUGAAUGUUGUACAUUGCUAAAAUUCUUUAUUAUUCGUCCUUUGAACUGGAGAUGGACAAAGUUUAUAUCACCUUACUGGUUCAAUGUUCUGUGCAGUAAGUGGUUCAUAAUCAAUUGCAAAGUUGAUUUUUUCCAAUAAAAUGUGGAAAUGA